AUGACCUGCGAAGCGUGCCGUACUAUCCCCCCUGUUAUUUCGGAGGGGUAUACACCCAAGGGGAGUUAUACGCAGAUUGCUGAUUUGAAGACAUAUAUCACCGGUCCCUCAACUGCUACCAUCGGCAUCAUCGACAUCUACGACAUCUUCGGUAUCUCCAACCAAACCAUCCAAGGUGCUGAUCUCCUCGCUGCGCGACUCAAUGCCCUCGUCCUAGUCCCUGAUUUCUUCCACGGUGAGCGCGCCGAUCUGGCGUGGUUCCCGCCGGAUACGGAGGAGAAGAAGCAAGCUCUCUUUGGGUUUAUUAAUACCAAGGCAUCGGUGGCGGAGAAGGUGGGUGUGUUGGGGAAGGUCGCUGAGGAUGCGAAGGUGAAGUUUGCGUCGGUGAAGAGUUGGGGUGCGUUUGGGUUGUGUUGGGGUGGGAAGGUUACUGCGCAGGUCUCGGGGCCUAAUUCGCCUUUUGUUGCUUCGGGGCAGGUGCAUCCUGGGUUCUUGGAUGCCGAGGAGGCUAAAAAGCUGACUAUUCCCCAUAUCGUGCUUGCGUCGAAGGAUGAGCCCGUUGAGGCCGUCAAGGGGUACUCUGAGGUCAUUGCUAGCAAUGGCAUUGGUGGUAUUGUCGAGACUUAUCCUACCAUGUGGCACGGCUGGAUGGGUGCUCGUGCUAAGCUAGAGACUCCGGAGGGAUUGGCAGAGUAUAAGCGGGGGUACAAUCAGCUGGCUGAUUUCUUCGAGAAGUACCUCAAAUCGGAGGCGAAGAUCUAG